AUGGAGAUGAAGCUUGAAAAUGCUAUUUUCGACCACAGCCACAGGCCUCACACCGACGGUCUCGAAACGUUGCGAUAUUUCAACGCACUACUCUACCGACAUGCGCGACGCAUCAAGACGACGAUGUCAUCACUCAACAGUACCUGCCACAGCAAAUGGCCUAAAGCAAAAGAGGAGCCGACGAAGCGUGCGCGCGCCGAGGUCGAGCAGGACUUUGUGCACCUGUACGAGCACGCCGAUGCUCUGUACCGGCACUGUCAAGCAGAUAUAACGGUGUUGAUGAACAGUAUGGCUAUUCUGGAGUCGGAGAAGGUAAUCGCGCAGGCUGGGCGUAUGGAGCAAUUAACUCUGUUAGCCUUUUUCUUCGUUCUCAUAUCGUUCGUGUCGUCGUUUUUUAGCAUGAAUAUUCCCUUGUUGGCGAAUCCGCCGAUGUGGUCUUGGUUUAUGGUUAGUGGUAUUAUACCUGUGCCCUCAAUUGGGUUCUAUCUGUUUAAUGAUAAGCUUUCGAAUGCAUGGCAACGUCUUCGGCGGAAAUGGUUCUCCUAGCUUUGAAAUACGAGAAAUAUGGC